UUAUAAGAGGACCUGGACUCACCUGUUCCGACUCAGACGUCGAUCAGUUGUCGUCUAGUAAAGAAGAUCGCACGGAGAGUGCGAGAUCUAAAAACAAAAACUGGUCAGGAAUCGAAUCAUAAACAAAUCAACUAAAACUUCAAACCAAUUUUGCAGAUGCCAGUUAAAUAAGAUGUGGAAAUUUCUGCUUAUUUGUGUGGUGAUGAGUGCCCUAAAUCAAGAAUCGUCGGGGGCUGGAUCUUCCCGAAAACGUCGCGGCUACGCAGGAGGUUACGCGGGUGGAUUUGCCAGCAGUGGAGGAGGAGCCGGUGGCUAUACGGGAUCUUAUAACAGCGGUGGGGGAGGCGUUGGACAUAGCAGCUAUGUGGGAUCUGGUGGUGGAGGAGGUGGCUACUACGACUACGAUGACUAUGGUGGCAGCUCGCCCAACUUUGGCAUCAUCGAUCCGUAUCUUUUCCAUCAGCAGCUGACCAACCACAUCCUGGCCCAGAACUAUGCCAACCAACAAGCUAUAACGGGAUUGGCCACGGCUGGCAAUGCUUAUGCAUCUGCGGAUGCUUCUCUAGUCGACGACAACGAUAUUCGCAUCCAGCAGCAGAUUGCCGCCCAGCAGGCCUAUCAUGAUAAUCUAGUUCGCCAGAAUCGCUAUAGAGGUGGUUCUAGCUCAGCAUCAGGAUCAACAUCAGGAUCAGGAUCAGGCACUGGUUCCUAUAACUCACAUCGUUAUGCACCCAGCUAUGCCUCCGCCUCGGGUUCUAUCGGACCCAAUGGCUAUCGCCAGACGGCCUUUAUUAACCCACCCAAUCCGGCCUCUCCCAAUAUCGUGAAUCGCUUUGGAGGCGGAAGCGGAAGCGGCGGCGGCGGCGGCGGCUCCUCGUACUCCAGUUCCAGCAGCUCCGGAGGAGGCAGUGGCGGCGGCGGUGGUGGCUACAAGGGGGUUUCGGUGUCGUCCUUCAGUCAUAGCAACGGAGAUGGAACCAGUCGACGGGGAGCCCAGACCACGGUCAACGACAACGGAAAGGUCACCACGUACUCGGUGCACUCUUAGGAAGAUCGACGGAACUCCCUUUUCCGACACCUUUUGUGGGCUAGGCUAACAUCUACUCCCAUUUAACAAAGCUUACCGAACCGAAUUAAUAAGUAUACAAAAAUAUAUAAAUAUACGUGUAUUUUAUUAUAUA